AUGACCACAAUAACAACCCAAGCCACCAAGACCGCCUCGACCCGCUUCAACGCCGCGACCCGUACCUUGGCUCGUCGACCGACGCCCAACUCGGCCGUAGGAAACGUCAGUCCGCGCUUGCGGCUUGGAUCUCGCAACGUGCUCUUCCUCGACCUGAUCGAUUUCGAAUUUUGACCCUGCCCCACAGACCGCUUUGGCUUAUGCCAGGACAUGGAGAUCGGUCGAUGCCGAUGGGCAGAUCUUGGGACGGAUGGCGACGCGCAUUGCGAUCACCUUGAUGGGCAAGCACAAGCCCAUAUUCGAUCCAGCCAGUUCAGUCACACCCACGUCCACGCGCAGUGAAAUAUCAAAUCUCCUGCUAACCUCUCGAUCGUGCCACAGCCGACUGCGGUGAUUACGUCGUCGUGACCAACGCGCGCAAAGUCGCCGUCACGGGCAAAAAGGCCGACCAGAAACUCUACCGCCACCACACCAUGUACCCCGGCGGGCUCAAGGAGAUCCCGUACAAGACCAUGCUCAAGAACAAACCCGAAGAGGUCAGUGCUACUCAGACCGGAGAAUGCUCGUACGCCAUGUCUUCUGAAUCGCACGAGUUUCCCUUGGCCAGAUCAUCCGGAGAGCCGUCUCGGGGAUGUUGCCCAAGAACCGACUGCGCGCCAAGAGGUUGGAACGUCUCAUGAUCUUUGCCGAUGCCGAACACCCGUACAAGGAGAACCUACUCAAGGACUAUUCGGCCCAGUUGGGGGAGACCUGGUCCAGGGUUAAAAAGGCCGAGGCGGCCGCCGCGACAGCAGCAGCAGCAGCGAGUCCGACACCAUCGGCAUGA